UUAGUGGUUAACUGGUCCCAAUAUUCCAUUGUCAUUUCUGGAACUUAACGGCCGUGUAUCUCGCUCGGCUCUCACCGCCUCAACUCUCUGCCUUCUUCUUCUUCUUCUUCUGCCUUCUGCUGAGUUUGCACUGACAUUUCAAAUUGGGUUUUUCUCUGUGAAGUUUCUGCAAGCUUCUAGCCACUUUCUUCAUUCUCUCUCCCCCCCACCCACAAGGCUCAAGCAUCUUCAUGGCUUCCUGUAGCCUAGGGACAUUGAAUGCCAAAAUUACAAACUUGAACUUCGGUAGAACAAGAGUCGGGAUUCUACAAUCAUCUGGUCUAAAAACUUGGACAGGGCAAAAACCACAAUUGUACUCAUGUUUGUCAAUGUCAAGACGACCAGACAAAGUAUUACGUGCACACAGUGGUCCAUCUUUAGAAACCCUGCCUACUACAAGUUUAGAAGAUGGUCCUGCAGAGAGUAGAGAUUCUGGUUCGACAAACCAGCUCAUUCCAAAUUUUGACGAGGUAGAAUCUUUGGUCACAACAAUAUGCGAUACAACUUCAGUUGCUGAGUUCGAAUUAAAAAUCGGUGGAUUUCGGUUACAUGUGCUGAGGGAGUUGACUGAAAAAAUUAGCACUCUACCUCCCCCAAGUCCUGCUCCUGUUAGUGUGAAUGCAACUGCUGAAGCACCUGCUUCGAAUGGCACAGUUCCUACACAAUCUUUAGCUAUCAUUAGACAAGAACAUUCUUCAAGGAAUAUCCAGACAUUGCUAGAUAGAGCUGCAGAUGAUGGCUUGGUGUUAAUUCAUUCUCCACGAGUGGGGUUAUUUAGGAGAUCACGAACGAUAAAGGGGAAGCGUGCUCCGCCAUCAUGUAAAGAGAAGCAAAUAGUGAAGGAAGGCCAAGUGAUUUGCUACAUAGAACAGCUUGGUGGAGAGCUUCCAAUUGAGUCUGAUGUAUCUGGGGAGGUCAUCAAGAUACUACGAGAAGAUGGCGAUCCCGUUGGAUAUGGUGAUGCUCUCAUUGCAGUUCUCCCCUCAUUUCCUGGGAUUAAGAAACUUCAGUAGAUAGAUUGGUUUUUCAUUCUUGUAUUGAAAAAUAAAGGAAGCAGUUUUGUUCUAGUUUUCUUUUAUUUGUUCGGUUCCUACUUUCUUUAACAGUAAUAUUUUGCCAGCAAUUUUUUAUAUGCAUUGUGUACUGUGUUUUUUGUACAAUGUUGUUGCAGAGUUAGCCUUGCACAACUUUAUUUACAUGAAGGGACAUAAUAUAGUGUUACAUCUUGGCAUGAAA